ACUUCAAUUGUUUCCAUGACUAUUUUUAAUUUCCCCAUUAACUUCCACAAACACUUCGAAAUUAUAGGUAAUAAAUUAUACGGUUUACGGUAGCAAGAUUAAUUAUUAGCAGCAGUCAAUUGCACGUACUUUAUGCACAGUCGAUUAUUGCUUUUCCUGUUACUCACAAUGAGCGCUGUCUCGAUUGCUCUAAUUACCACUGCCUUAUUUCUCGUUCUAGUGGAGACUGAUGCCGAUAUUCGGAGGGAAUGCCGCAGGCAGACUGGCGUCUCCUGGGGUGCAUUGAAGACACUGCGGGCCGCGGAUUUCCGGCACAACGACGAGAAACUCAAGUGUUAUGUGAAAUGUUUUCUGAAGAAAAAUGGAAUUUUCGGGGAGACGAAUAUUGAUAUUGAUAAGGCACUCAGGCAUCUGCCGAAGAGUGUGCAGGGAGCGUCGAAGAAAGCUUUGGAGAAUUGCAGGAAUGUUCCGAGCACCGAUCCAUGUGAUAAAGCCUUUCAAGUAGUUAAAUGCUUCUUUAAGGCAGAACCACAGAUAAUGAGAAGUGUACCAUUCGUGUAGGUAACGAUUGGCAGGGGACAAUCGAGGAAAAUCGUUUCACUAGAUCAACUCGUUGGUGAUUAAUAAAUGAAGGCUCCUAAUCUUUCUGCACGAGAAUAAAAUAAAAUAACAU